CUCGGGUGUCCCGGGCGGUGAGGACCACCAGGCUGUCCAGGAUGCGGGCUGUGCGCUGCGUCUCCCGGCUGCUCUUCCUGUCGGUUCUCACUCGCCUCGCCCAGGUGAUGAUAGAGAUCUAGAAGAUUAUAAGGCUAGCAGGAAGGAGCUUAAGAAUGAAAUUAGGAGAGCCAGAAGGAGCCAUGAGAAGGCCUUGGCGAGUAGGAUUAAGGAAAACCCCAAGGCAUUCUACAAAUAUGUGAAGAGCAAGAGGAUAAGACAUGACAAGACCAAUCAAGUGUGACAGUGGAAAAGCGUGUAUGGAACUGGAGGAGAUAGCAGAGGUCAGUGCUGAGUCCAGGGGGCUGGAGGAGCACGUCUGCCUCGGUCAGUGCUCGGUCACGCCGCACGUUUCCACGGCUCAGCCGAGUGGUGGCCGGGUCGGGGGGUCCCGCCCUCAGGAGGCACUCGGUCAAGGGUCAAAGUGCAAGUGUGACUGCAGCGUUGAGCCAUGCGGGACGGCGGGCGAGCAGUGGGAGGCCAGACCCCGGGCACCAACGCUGGACCUGGUCACAAUCCAGGCAAUGGCUGCCAACCUUCAGGGUAUCCUGGACCACGCCGAGACCAAGAGGCUCAAUGCCUUCUCUGCCAAGCUGGCUGGACAGCUGAGGAAGCUUGAGAAGAGACUGGACCGUAACAAACCGAGUGUCAGCACUCAGCUGAGAGAGAUGUUUGCGAGGGUCGUCCAGCACCGGGAAAUGUACCAGAACUUGUCCGUCACCAUCGGGGACAUGAGGAAGGAGAUGAACAAACUCAACGUUCUGCUGCAUGAACAUCGGGUACGGCCGCUACAGGGACCUGCAAAGGACACAGACAAAGCGAAUCAGAUCCAUCUGUCGUUUCUGAACGGCAAGCCCACGGAGGGCACUGUCCAUAAACAAGGGUCCGACCCGCAGCCCACGAUGGGAUCUCAUCCUGCCGCUGAUCGGACAGCAGUUUCCACCCCGGAGGCUGUGCUUGGGAGACCACCCGGCAAUAACAAGAACACCAUCCAGGAAGAUGGCUGUGUCGGAACGCCAGUGAUGAUUGGCAGCCCCACGAUCCACAAUAGCUAUGGCCGGGCGCAAGGAGCCUGGAUGAAAGAUCCGAUCGUCAACCAGGAGCGAAUCUACAUCGCCAACUAUUUCUUCGGGACCACACUGACAGAGUUUCGCACCCUGGAGCAUUUCAAACUGGGUCGCCGGCUCAACACCUACAAGCUCCCGUACAGCUGGAUGGGGACAGGCCACGCCGUUUACAACGGCUCCUUCUACUACCACAAGGCGUACACGCGCAGCAUCAUCCGCUACGACCUGCGGAAGCGGGCGGCCGCCGGCUGGUGUUUGCUGGAUGAGCUGACCACUCCGGCCGGUUGGAAGGGCUACUCCGAGGUGGAUUUCACCGUGGAUGAGGGCGGCCUUUGGGUCACGUACUUCUCCAACGACUAUGGCUACCUCCCGGAGGAGGUCCUGGUCCUCAGCCGCUUGGACCCCAUCGACCUGACCACGAGGAAGGAGACCACCUGGAGAACCCACGUCACACGGGCUUCCUACAGGAACUCCUUCCUGAUAUGUGGUGUCUUGUACGCCAUGGACCUGCAGGGGCAGGCGGAAGGCACAAUCACCUAUGCGUUUGACACCUACACGGGCUUUGAGUCGAACCCAGGGCUAAGGAUGCGAAGUGUGCACUCUCUCCUGACUCAGGUGGACUACAACCCAGCAGACAAGCUGCUCUACGCUUGGGACAACGGGCACCAAGCCACCUACACUGUAAGAUUCGCCUUCUGAUCUGCAGCGUCCUGCUCCUCAGCUCCUCCUCCGAACCGGGCGCCGGGACGACCACCGUUAGAAUCUUCCAACACGUAGAACUUCAAACGGCCCAGAGCCAAGACCAGCCGAUGGAUCCACAUCUCCUCGGAUCUGUCCCAACUGAUGGUCGGUGGUCCAUCAGAUCCAACAACGUUGAAAAGGCCUUGCACUGGGGUAUUUCCACUCUCUCGACCCCAGAAAUCCGGGUCCAGGGGUACGAAUAGUGUAACAACUGGGGUUUUGCUUGUUUGCAGUGGAUGACCAUGACUUUGCUGUGCCUUCUGCUGCCCUCUGCUCUCCGCGGAGCUUUGCAGAGCUGCCUUCCCGGCCAUUGGGUCUCAUCGUUGGCCUGGUUCACCCAGACCCCUGGAGCUGACUUCACAUGCGAGGACAGGGAUGUCCCUCUCUCACCGGGGCGUGAGACCUCCCGGCUACCCUCACCUGAUUCAGCCCUCCUAUCGAAGCAGUGUCCCGGGUGUGGCCGCAGUCGCAUGCAAACAGCGACUUGGAGCCACAGGUGAGAGGCUGACUGUCCGGUGGGGACCAAGAGCGAGUGAGCUGCCUCAGAUUGGUCCGGACAAGCUCAUGACACCCCAGUUUUCCAUUCCCUCACCCCCGCAGUUGCCUCUGUUCAUUGGGAAACUGAGGUUGACAGCCCGACUGUGCUGUGCCUCAUAUUAGAGGUAAAACCUGACGUCCACUUUCAACGCUGGUCCGACACCCAAGCACUUAGCAGGUCAGGCAGCAUGGUGCGCAGUCCUGAUGAGAAGUUUCUGUGGGGGAAAAUUAACUGUCAAUAUUUCAGUUCCUCCAGGGUUUUCUGCCUUGCUCCCGUUCCUUUUCCAUUCUUUCUCCAUUCCCUAUUCUGGUUCCCCUCUCAGCCCUUUUCUUCCCUACACCUGCCUAUCACUUCUCCCAGGUGCCCCUCAUCCUUCCCUUUCUCCCAUGGCCACUCUCCUCUCCCAUCAGAUUCCUCCUUCAGCCCUUUACCUGUCUUGCCCACACUGCACCAACUGCCGCCGCCGGGCUAUAAACGUGCAGGAGCGAUGUGUGGUUAAGUGCCUUGCUCAAGGACACAACACGCUGCCUCAGCUGAGGCUCGAACUUGCGACCUUCAGAUCACUAGACCGAUGCCCUAACCACUUGGCCACGCGCCAACACCUGUCACCGUACUUCAUCUCCCCUCACCUGGUCUCUAUCACCUGCCAGAUUGUCUUCCUUCCCCUCAUCCCCUCAUCUUCUUCCCCCUUCCUUUCCAGUCCUGAUGAAGAAUCUUGGCCAGAAGCAGCGACUGUUUAUUCUCCUCCAUAGAUGCUGCCUGGCCUGCUGAGUUCCUCCAGCUUUUUGUGUGUGUUGUUCUGGAUUUCCAGCCUCUGUGCUUAUGGAUCAACUGCAGACAAGUGCUUUGGAGAAUUGUGGGGGGUUCACCGGGGAGCUGAAGGGGGAAAUAACUGCCGAGUGCUAUGGGUAAAGAGCCGAGCAAUGAGACUGACUACACGGAACCAAGAUAGAGUGGUCACCACCUGUCCUACAAUGUAGAAUCCUAUCUCAGGGAUGGCUCGAGAUACUAUUUAAUAUGUUUAUAUCCCUCCACCCCCCCAGCAAACAUUGUAUGAGAUCAGCAGUGAUAUCCAAUGGCCAGCAAGGCGGUUCUGCCCAUUAUGGAGAGCAAAUGGCAUGACAAGGGUCAAGGCCUUGACUGUUUAUUCCUCUCCAUAGAUGCUGCUUGACCUGCUGAGUUCCACCAGCAAUUUGUGUGUGUUACAUUCAGUCUUUAUCUCAGUUCUGUAGCCAACAAAAUCAUGUACUCUUUCUGUGCAGGGGAAAGAAAGAUUACUUUGUGCUUUUUUGCUGAAUUCUUGUUUCUCUUUUAAAUGUCGGUGCUACACUGCAGUUUAAUCUAGGGGAAGGCCCACGUCUGUCCCACCAGAGUGGCCGGUGAUGCUGGGGGCUGCUCUCCUUCGAGAGUGGAAAGUAGAGUUGUUUACAAUCACAAGGGGUUUGGACAGAGUCGAAACAGAAUUGUAUCCGGUGCCGGUGGGACGGGGCCUCUGAAUGUGUGGUAUAGCCCGGAAUAAGGUGAGACCUUCCUUCACGUGUCGGGCACGUGGCCAAGUGGUUAAGGCAGUCGUCUAGUUAUCUCAAGGUCGCUAGUUCGAGCCUCAGCUGUGGCAGCGUGUUUGUGCCCUUGAGCAAGGCACCUAACCACACAUUGUCUGUGUGAGGAGUGGCACCCCACACAGACUUCCAAUCUGCUCCUUGUAAGGCAUGAAAAUGCCCGACACAGGCCUCUCAUGGUCUGAGUUGACAUUCCUUUCCUUCACUGAGGGGCAAUGUAUCUUUAGGAUUCUGUACCUCGGAGACAUCUGAGUGGCGACAUUCAACAUUGUCUGAAGAAGGCCCCCUCCAGCCACGCCUUCCAAGCACCCCCCCAAACAAACCCAAUUAACCCUAAACUAACCACAGGACAACUUACAAAGGCCAAUUAACUUACCUGGUAUGGUGGGAAGAAACUGGGGGAAGUUCACGCAUUCCACGUGGAAGAGAUAGAGGCUCCUUACAGAGGGCGCUGGAAUUGAACUCCAAACUCUGGAAUGCCCUGAGCAAUAAUAGUGUCGUGGUGACCCCAGUGACCCGGCCUCAUCCUUCCCCUCCUUGUAUCUGCCAUCGCUGAGAACAAAACUACUGUACUGAAUUCUGAAAUAAAGGCAGUAGGCAUUGGGAAAAUGCUUAGAACAGGGAAGGGGAAGAGUUUCUUUAGCCAGUGGGUGGUGAAUCUGUGGAAUUCAUUGCUACAGAUGACAGUGGAGACCAAGUCAUGAGGUAUAUUUACAGCAGUUUCAAUUAGUCAUGGCUAUGGGGAGAAGGCAGCAGAAUGGGGUUGAGAGGGGCUGAGUACUAGUGUCACACUUAGUACAAUGCUUUAUGGUGCUGCUAAUCACCCAUUGGGCUUUUAUUGCCCCUGCUGACUGUAAGGACUUCGUACAUUCUCCCCACGUCCACGUGGGUCACCUCCCGCAUUCCAAAGAGGUACCGGCGGAGUCAGAGAGUUAGGGGCACGCUAUGUUGGCAGCAGAAGUGUAGUGACACUCUGGCCAUCCUUAACACGCUCUUGCAUUGUGUUGGGCACGGAUGCAAACGAUAUAUUUCACUCAAACACGAGGAA